AUGCCAUCAGCAUCUUCAAAACCCCGGAUCCCACCUGUGAACUUAACAGAGAGACCUGUCUGCAAAAUUGUUCCAAGUAGACCUCAGCCCCGCUGCUUCCUUCUGCCAGUGGGCUUGGAGCUCUGGGUUUACGUUCAGAAAAUGCGUAACCUGCAGAAGAAGAGAAUGGAGGCAUCCUGCCUGGAACUGGCCCUGGAAGGAGAGCGCUUGUGCAAGGCUGGGGACUUCAAAGCUGGGGCAGCCUUCUUCGAAGCAGCGGUGCAGGUGGGGACAGAGGACUUGAAGACUCUCAGUGCCAUCUACAGUCAGCUGGGCAAUGCCUAUUUCUACCUAAAGGAGUACUCCAAGGCCCUGGAGUACCAUAAACAUGACCUUACCCUGGCUAGAACCAUCGGGGACCGCGUUGGAGAAGCCAAGGCAAGUGGCAACCUCGGGAAUACACUGAAAAUACUUGGGCAGUUUGAUGAAGCUGUUGUUUGUUGCCAGAGACACUUGGACAUUUCUCAGGAGCAGGGAGACAAGGUAGGUGAAGCCAGAGCACUCUAUAAUAUAGGAAAUGUUUACCAUGCAAAGGGAAAGCACUUAUCUUGGAACAUGGCCCAAGACCCAGGCUACCUGCCUCAAGAAGUCAAGGAGACGCUACAGAAAGCUUCAGAAUAUUAUGAGAGGAACCUGUCCCUAGUGAAGGAGCUGGGGGACAGAGCUGCGCAGGGCCGUGCGUAUGGCAACCUCGGCAACACCCAGUACUUACUUGGCAACUUCAGUGAAGCUAUAGCCUUCCACAAGGAGCGCCUUGCUAUUGCUAAGGAGUUUGGGGACAAGGCAGCCGAGCGGAGAGCGUACAGCAACCUGGGCAAUGCGCACAUCUUCCUUGGGAGGUUUGACAUCUCUGCUGAGUACUACAAGAAAACUCUCCAGCUCUCCAGACAACUCAAAGAUCAAGCAGUAGAAGCCCAGGCUUGCUACAGUCUUGGAAACACGUACACGCUGCUUCAAGACUAUGAAAGAGCAAUCGAGUACCAUCUAAAACACCUGGUGAUAGCACAGGAGCUGGGAGACAGGGUGGGAGAAGGAAGAGCCUGCUGGAGUCUCGGAAAUGCCUAUGUCUCCCUGGGGAGCCAUGAACAAGCUUUGCACUUUGCAAGGAAACAUCUUGAAAUCUCCCAGGAGAUCGGGGACCGGAAUGGUGAGCUGACAGCACAGGUGAACAUGGCCCAGCUCAAGUCGGCCCUUGGCUUGGGCCCCGGGGAUGAGGACGUGGGUGCAGCUCAUCACUAUUCUGGCUAUGAAGCACAAGGAGCCAGGCCAAAGAGACUCCAAAGGAACAGCAUGGACAGCUUAGACCUCCUGAAGUUCCCUUCUGAAAAGGACCAGAAUGGGGACAGCCAUCAUGUGGGAGACCUGAAGAUCUCUGGAAAAGAGUUCUUGUCAUUACCUGCAAGGUCAAAGAAAUACCGGGAGCACCAAUCCAGUUCAGAGAGAAAGUCCCAGGGCUCAAGUACAUCGCCACUGGAUACCAGCGAAGUCAGAGUCCAGGUGUUGCAGUCGAAAAUCAACCGGACCCCUUCAGACGAGGAAUGCUUCUUUGACCUGCUGAGCAAGUUCCAGAGCAACCGGAUGGAUGAUCAGCGCUGCCCGUUGGAAGAAUGCCCAUCGGAGGCUGCAGAGGCAGCUGCCACACCGGUCCCUGCCCUGGAAGAACGGAUAUCACAGUCCUCCUUAAUGGCGUCUCCGCAGACUGAGGAAUUCUUCGAUCUCAUCGCCAGCUCCCAGAGCAGACGGCUGGAUGACCAGCGUGCCAACGUGGGCAACCUGCCAGGCCUCCGGAUAACACACAACAACCUGGGGCACCUGCGUGUGGAGGGGGAUGCCCAGGAGCCCGGGGAUGAGUUCUUCAACAUGCUCAUGAAGUGUCAGUCCUCCAGGAUAGAUGACCAGCGCUGUGCACCACCAGACUCCAUCCCCCGUGGCCCCACCAUGCCGGACGAAGAUUUCUUCAGCCUCAUCCAGCGCGUCCAGGCCAAACGCAUGGACGAGCAGCGGGUAGAUUUGGCCUCAGCCCAGGAGGAGGCCGGAGAGGAGCAGCAGAGGCCUGGUUCCAGCUAA